AUGGCGGCAACGAUUGCGCCCAGCGAAGGGGCGCCGAGCGUGGUCUCCAGGCACGAGAACAUCGACAAGCCCGAGGUCGACAAGAAACUGUACAGGUACCUUGAGCUGUCGAAUGGGAUGCGCGUGCUGCUGGUGCACGACCCGGAGAUGGAGGUCGGGUCACACUACGCGAGCAACGCUGAAGACGGCGACGCUGAGGCCGGAGACGAGGGAGACGGCAAGGCAGAAGUGCAUCAGAAGCUUGCCGCCGCCGCGGCCUUGGUUGGCGUCGGCUGGUUCAGCGACCCCCUGGACAUGCCCGGGCUGUCGCACUACCUCGAGCACAUGCUCUUCAUGGGAAGCGCGAAGUAUCCGGACGAGGCGGAGUACUCGGACUUCGUCCAGCGACACGGGGGCCACACCAACGCGUACACGUGUGGCGACCACACGUGCUACUACUUCGACAUACAGCCGUCCAAGUUCCGCGAAGCGCUGGACAGGUUCGCGCAGUUCUUCACGCACCCGCUCCUGCGCGAGGACUGCCUCGAGCGCGAGGUCACCGCGGUCGACAACGAGUUCGCCGGCCGCGUGAGCGUGAACCCGAUUCGCUGGCUGCACGUGUGCGAGGCCACCGCGCGCCCGGAGCACCCCGCGCACCACUUCGGCUGCGGCAACAAGGCGACCCUGUGGGACGAGCCGCGCGCCGCGGGCACGGACGUCCGCGCGCGCAUCACGGAACACUACAGGACGUUGUACGGCGCACGCAAGAUGUGUUUGGCGGUGUACGGGAAGGAGACGCUGCAGGAGCUCGAAGCGCAGGUGCUGGAGCUGUUCGGGACGGUGGCGCCCGGGUCGGGGCCGCGGCUGGCCUACCCUGAGUUCGGCGACCCCUUCGCGGGCCAGGGGCAGCGCAUCUACGCGUACAGCCUCGUCGGCAAGGGUCACCGCGUGCUCCUCACCUUCCCAUGGCCGCCACUAGAGGACAAGUACAAACAUAAAGCAGAGCGCUACGUAGAGCACGUGCUCGGGCACGGCGGCCCGGGGUCGCUCCUGUCCGCCCUGAAAGCGCGCUCCCUCGCGACCUCGCUCUCCACGUACACCUCGAUGCACUCCUACGGCUCGCACUUUGUCGUCCAGCUUGAUUUGACGGACGCGGCGUUCGCGGCGCGAAAGUGGACGGACGCCGUCGAGCUCGUCUUCGCGGCGGCGGCGUCCGCGCGGGCCGCCGGCCCGCAGGAGCGGCUGUGGCAGGAGCUGCGCGCGCUGGCACGGCUGAAGUUCCUGUACAAGGAGGGCCCUGCGCGGCCGUCGUCGUUCGCCGUCAACACGGUGGCGAACCUGCCCUUCGUGGACCCGCAGCACGCGAUCUCCGGGGACUACGUGUACGACGAGUACGCGCCUGCGGCGAUCGCGGCGCUGCUGGACCGCGUGCGGCCGGGCGUCGACGGCAUGCGCGUGGACGUCAUGACGGAGAGCCUCGCGGCCUUUUUGGCAGAAGCCGAGGAGGCGGCAAGCGCUGGGCCGGACAAGUACGGGCUCGGCUUCGCGGGCGGGUGGACAGCCGACCGCGAGAAACACAUCGGGAUCGACUUCUACGUCAAGACGAUCCCUGAGGCCGUGAUUGGUUCUUGGAAGGAGGCGCCCGAGGCCGAGGACCUAUUUAUGCCGCGCGCGAACCCCUAUAUUCCGGCAGACUUCACGGUCUUUCCGGAGGAGCCCGUCGAUGCGCCGCCCGUCCCGCUCGUCGCGGCACCGCGCGCGUUCCCCGCCAUGCUCUGCCGCGCCCCGGACCUCCUCGUGGACAUCCCCGGCCUCCGACUGUGGCACAAAGCGUGCCCGGCCUACGGCACGGCGCGCGCCAGCAUCUCCGCGUGCCUGUGCCCGGCCGGCGCGGCGCACGAGCCCGGCAGCCCCGAGGACGCCCAGCACAGCGCGGCGGCAGUCAUUCUCAACGUCCUGGCCAGCGAUCUCUCUCUAGAGAUGCAAAGCCAAGCGCAGGACGCUGGCAUGUCGUUCGCGUUCAAUCUCGAUCCAGGCAACGGGUGGCUGCUCCAGGCCGCGGGGUUCUCGCACCACCUGGUCGCCUUCGCGCGCAGUGUCGCGGGCGUUCUAGGCGGAAUGGCGUCCCACGUGACCCCGGAGGUGUAUGCGCGAAUCAAGGAUCUGGUUCUGCGGUGGAUCGCGAAUCGAGAAUUACAGCCUGCGCGGCAGGCGUCGUACGCGCUGACGCACGCCACGCUCGUGCACAACGUGCCGUCGAAGCGCCUCGCGGAGGCUACGCGGGACAUGACGAUGGAGGACGCGCUGAGUCAGCUCCGGGGGGUGUUAAGGGGCUUCCACUUGGAGGUGCUGGCCUGCGGAAACCUGACGCGGCAGGACGCGAUCGACACCGCGGCGGCGAUCGCCUCCGCGCUGAACCCCGCCGCGCCUGCGGCGCUGCAGUGGCCCGCGGGGCUCGCGCCGCGGCCGGACGCGUGCGGGGACACGGGGGGCGUGUUGCGCGGCGACGGGGGGGAGUUUGCGGCACUCGACGGGGCGGACCGGCCCCGGAAGGAGUUCCUGCAGAUGCCUGUCGGGGACAGGGCGAUCGAUAUUCCAUCAACCAACCCCGACGAGCCGCAGAGCGCGCUGUUCGUUUUGUAUGACUUCGGCGUUCUUGCUGACGAGGGCGGCGCGACGGACACGACGGUGCUGCUGGCGGACCUUGUCGAGCAGAUGACGAACACGCAGAUGUUCGAUCGGCUGCGCACGAAGGAGGAGCUGUGCUACGCCGUGGGUGUUUCUGCGACGUUCAAUUGCGGCAGGGUGACGCUCCGGGCGUACGUGACCUCAGGAGUCAAGGGACCGCAGUUCCUGCAGGAGCGCCUGGACGCCUUCGUGGAGUCGCACUACCAGACCCUGUGCGAUAUGAAGGACGACGAGUUCCAGCACCACAAGGACGCUGUGAGGGCGGAGCGCAUGCGCGCGGCCACCAGCGUCGUGCAGGAGGCCAACCGUCACUGGGACGAGAUCCAGGAGCGCGGAUACAUCUUCCACUACCGCGAGCUCGACGCCGCCGCGCUCGAGCGCGUCACGAAGGGGGAUGUCUGCGCCUUCUACCAGAAACACCUCCUGUCGGGCCAGCGGCGCAGGCUCGCCAUCCGCGUCCACGGCAAGUCCAGCGACGAGCCCGGACGCGCGCGUUCGGGCGAGGACGAGAGCGCGGGGAGCCACGAGCAGCGCAUGGGCAUCAGGGCGGCGGACGUGGAUGCUGCGCUGGCGGCACUUGAUGCGUUGCGGGCAAAGGCGGAGGUGGUGCGGGCACGUGUCGGCAAUCACAAGGUCGUGGCCGCGCCUGGCGCGGCCAAGUGA